AUGGACGAUGCCACGGUGGUGUGUAGAGUUAUGGGCUGCGGUCCUGCUGUCCAGGCGCUUUCCGGAGCCCAGUUUGGACAGGGAAGUGGGCAGAUCUGGAUGGAUGAUGUCCGUUGUGUGGGACAAGAGACUCUCCUGACACAGUGUCCUCAUUCUGGGUUUGGGAAUCAUAAUUGUGGACAUACGAAGGAUGCAGGAGUGGUGUGUGCAGAGAUUUGCUCAAACUACACAGACCUGUCUGAGCCAUGGCGGAACUACAAUUUUUACAGUUUUCGGCCAAAGACGGACACUGACCUCACAGAGGGCUGGUACCGCUUCACUGGCAUCGGUGGAGAGGUGCUGUCCUCUUACUGUCAUGGCAACAGCAGAACACUCAGCCUUUGCAGAGGAUUCUAUCUGCACAAACUCUUCCCCACAGACAAAACCUUCAUAACUGGACACCAGACGUGUGGACCGUCCUCCUGUGGUCCUAAUGCCCUGUGUGUUGGUGACGGACGCUGUGAGUGCAAACCUGGAUAUGAGAUACCUGAUGGCCACCUACCCACAGGGGACACCCAUCAGUGUGGAGUUGGAUUACGGUUAGUUGGAGGUACCACAAACUGUUCUGGACGAGUUGAGGUCCUCCACAAUGGCACUUGGGGCACCGUAUGUGAUGACGGCUGGGACAUUAACGAUGCCACAGUGGUGUGUAGAGUGAUGGGGUGCGGUCCUGCUGUCCAGGCUCUUUCCGGAGCCCAGUUUGGACAGGGAAGUGGCCAGAUCUGGAUGGAUGAUGUCCGUUGUGUCGGACAAGAGACUCUCCUGACACAGUGUUCUCAUUCUGGGUUUGGGAAUCAUAAAUGUGGACACACGAAAGAUGCAGGAGUGGUGUGUUCAGAGAUUUGCUCAAACUACACAAAUCUCUCUGAGCCAUGGCGCAACCACAACUUUUACCGUUUCCAGCCAAAGACGGACACUAACAUCACAAAGGGCUUGUAUCGCUUCACUGGCAUCGGUGGAGAUGUCCUGUCCUCUUACUGUAAUGGUGAUAGAAGAAUCCUUCACCUUUGUAGUAAACCUGACUAUUCUAGCAUUCUGGAAGGUCAAGUAUACACCCUCGAUUUGUGCCACUAUUCUGGGGGUUGCACACAUUCAGGACAUACUGUGGAUGUGCUGUUCUGCCCUGGAGGAUUCUAUCUGUACAAACUCUUCCCCACAGACAAAACCUUUAUGACCGGUAAGACCGACGAUUAUGAUAUCUGA